CUAUCACUGGUGAGCUUGACCCGACCGGUUCGAAAACCAACCACCUCCGAACCCGUGAAUAGGAUGAUGUUGACUGCGUUCUUUCUUAUUUCGUUGACGCUCAAUGCAGUCAACGGAAUAGAAAUGUGUGCGGGCUCGUAUGAACUACCAGAAAUUGUAGAUGUGACCACAACCCCUGUUUACCAGUACAGAAAUGUCAUCAAUGAGGUCGAUGUUAGCAUGGCAGUAAGGUCAAGGUCGCCAGUCUACAUGAGUUGGUUUUUAAUUGGAACGAAGUCUCCAAGGCAAAUAACGGAAGACGAUGAAAAUUCCAGGGUAUCAGUCUCUGCUUCUGGUGAUCGCUACAUCUUUAAACUCCACACUAAACUAGAGAAGACUGUCCUAAACGUUUCAGAGAUACUUGGCGACUUUUACCUUUCCCUGCAAGUUAUAUAUGACUGUAACUCCGUUGGUUUAGGAAUGAAUUUGAGAAAAUGGAUAGAAGUUGCACAUGCUGGUUUGACUUUGCCGAAGAUCACGCUGUUGCCUCGUGGACGCUACGUCAUUGAUGGAUAUGGCUUGAAAACGCCAGAGAUUAAGUUGAGGUUUUCCAGAGGGCCGGACGAGAGACCACCGAAAGUACAGCUACAUUGUCUUAAAUAUCUUGAGAGGCGGAACGGUGAUUUGCAGGCCGUAUAUUAUCGAAUUGGAGGGAAGAAAUUUGAGACAAAUUCGAAAAAAUUAGACGAUUUGGGCGUCACCGAAGCGACUUGCGAAGUAAACGUGGGUGGAGGAUUUGAGAGUUACUACGUAUCAUUGAGUGCUAGCAUUGAGCUUCAGUCCCCUAUCGAGUCCAGGCGCUACGAUUUCGACAGCCUCCACCUUCAGCUUGUCACCGAAUUUCGAAGAAGCGGGAUUAGCAAACCCGCCGUCAUGGUGUCUUCUCGCUUCAAUUAUGGAAUUGAACGCAAAGGAGAUGUCCUGCUUAUACCCACCGAUGCGAACACAACAUCUGUAAUUUGUUUUGCCGACGCGGCCAGCAAGCCAAUGAUAGCAGCAGGAAGACUCAAAAAGGGGGGAGGCUAUCAGCCAUUGAAGAAAAUUCGGAAUCAGAACGGAAUCUACUUCGUUUCUUUGAAUACAGCCACCUUCUCUCUAAAGAGCCCGCGGCUCUUAGAGGAAGAGGAUUACAUCUGCAGCGCUUCCACUGGCCAAGCAAUUGCCAGCCAGAAGUUUAGGCUCUUACGGUUUAAUUCUGUUCAGGUGACAUCGAACCGGACGGAUUCCAUGCCUUUGGAAGUGAUUGAAAAUAAGCAGUACAGCCUGAGUUGUGAGGCAACGGGCAUACCACAACCAGACAUCACAUUCUACUGGUCACCCACGCCUACACGAUAUCCGUUUGACGUGAAACAAUACCAAAAGUUCAACAAAGAUCAUGAAAUACACAACUCCGAUGUAUUUGAUACGACCACGAGUGUGGAAGGGACUACAACAUACGGGGGGAUAAUCGUGAAGGAUAUGAAUAAAACAAUCGCGAGUUUGCCAUCUAAUUUUUGGGAUGAUAAUUACAUAUACGAAGUUGUCUGCUUUGCCUCCAACGAGUAUAGUUACAGGGUCAUGAAUUUGGGCUAUUUUUACAAACCCAGUGAUUGGGAUUCUAACCAUCCUGUCAAUGCAACAAGAUUUAGUCUAUUUAAAUAGAUAUAACAGCAAGCCAAUGCCCUAUUCUUAUCACAAGUAAGUGAUUAUAACCCCCCCCCCCCUCCCAUGGGACCGCUGUAACGUAGAUUUAGUAAGUUCAAACGUAAUGUAAAGCUUCAAAUUAUUUUGGUUUACAGCAUAUUAAAUGUUUUGAACUUUGUU